AUGGCUUCUAAGAACGAAUCCUCCGACUUUGCCGUCAAGGCUGGCUUAGCGCAGAUGCUGAAGGGCGGCGUCAUUAUGGACGUUGUCAACCUAGAGCAGGCUCGUAUUGCUGAAGAGGCCGGUGCCGCUGCCGUCAUGGCUCUUGAGCGCGUUCCCGCCGAUAUUCGCAUCCAGGGAGGCGUUGCGCGCAUGUCUGACCCCGGAAUGAUCAAGGAAAUUAUGGAUGCUGUCACAAUUCCAGUCAUGGCCAAGGCUCGUAUUGGACACUUUGUCGAGUGCCAGAUCCUCGAAGCUCUGGGAGUGGAUUACAUCGAUGAGUCCGAAGUUCUCACCCCAGCCGACGAUGUUUACCAUGUUACCAAAUCCACAUUCAAAGUCCCCUUUGUUUGUGGUUGUCGUAACUUAGGCGAGGCCCUGCGUCGCAUUUCAGAGGGCGCUGCCAUGAUACGUACUAAGGGCGAGGCCGGUACUGGUGACGUUGUCGAGGCCGUGAAGCAUAUGCGGACUGUUAAUGCCCAGAUUUCCCGCGCUCGUGGUAUUCUUCAGGCAAGCCAAGAUCCUGAACCCGAACUGCGCGCUUUCGCCCGUGAGCUGGAGGUCCCCUACAACCUCCUGCGCGAGACUGCUGAGCUAGGACGUCUACCAGUGGUUAAUUUUGCGGCUGGUGGUAUUGCUACUCCUGCUGAUGCGGCACUGAUGAUGCAGCUGGGCUGCGACGGUGUCUUUGUCGGCUCUGGUAUCUUCAAGUCCGGUGAUGCUAGGAAACGCGCUCGUGCCAUUGUGCAAGCUGUGACUCACUUCAAGGACGCUAAAAUUCUGGCUGAGGUGAGCGAGGGCCUAGGUGAGGCCAUGGUUGGUAUCAAUGUGCAGAAAAUGCCCGAAGCUGACAAGAUGGCUGGGCGUGGUUGGUGA